AUGAAUGUCGUGCAGGCUGUCAAGCAGUACAUAUCUAAGAUGAUCGAGGAGAGUGGACCAGGGAUGAAGGUAUUGCUGAUGGACAAAGAAACUACCCCAAUUGUGAGCAUGGUGUUUGCCCAGUCAGAGAUCUUACAGAAAGAAGUAUACUUAUUUGAAAGGAUCGAUGCGGCUGCUCGAGAAACAAUGAAACAUUUGAAAUGCAUUUGUUUCCUACGGCCGACCAAGGAAAAUGUACAACAACUCUCCCAAGAAUUGCGCGUUCCAAAAUAUGGUUUAUAUUAUAUAUAUUUCAGUAAUGUUAUAAGUAAACAAGAUGUGAAGGUGUUGGCUGAAGCAGAUGAUCAUGAAGUAGUCAGAGAAGUGCAGGAGUUUUUCGGAGAUUACAUUGCUGUGAAUCCACAUUUAUUUUCCCUAAAUAUUGUUGGGUGUUGUCAGGGCUGUACAAGUUGGUUACCCAAAUCCUUGUCCCGAACUGUGCAAGGCUUAACCUCAGUGCUUCUUUCUCUAAAGAAAUGUCCCAUGAUUCGCUAUCAAAACUCAUCAGAAAUGGCACGAAGACUUGCUGAAAAUGUACGGCAAGUCAUUAACAAGGAAGCUGCUUUGUUUGAAUUCAGAAAAACAGACGUGACCCCUCUGCUUCUUAUUUUGGAUCGCCGUGACGAUGCUGUCACUCCCCUUCUGAAUCAAUGGACUUACCAAGCAAUGGUUCAUGAGCUGCUCACCAUUAAUAACAACCGUAUCAACCUUUCGGGAGUGCCUGGCAUCUCUCGGGACCUGCAGGAAGUGGUCCUCUCUGCUGAACAUGAUGACUUCUAUGCGAACAAUUUGUACAUGAACUUUGGAGAAAUAGGCAACAAUAUCAAACAACUCAUGGAGGAAUUCCAGAAGAAAUCAAAGAGCCAUGCCAAAGUAGAAUCCAUUGCAGAUAUGAAGGCUUUUGUAGAAAAUUAUCCCCAAUUUAAAAAGAUGUCAGGUACAGUGUCAAAGCAUGUGACUGUGGUUGGUGAAUUAUCCCGGUUAGUGGGAAUGCAUAAUUUGUUGGAAAUCUCAGAAUGUGAACAAGAACUGGCCUGCCAGAAUGAUCAUUCUGCUUCACUGCAGAAAGUCAAGAAUCUUUUGAACAAAGAAAAGAUCAGAGACAUUGACAUGCUCCGUUUGGUGAUGCUCUAUGCUUUGCGCUAUGAGAAACACAGUAGUAAUGAAAUUGCAGGACUUGUGGACAUUCUACGGAAAAAGGGACUUAAUGAAAAAUAUCGUUCGAAAGUUCAAUCACUGCUUGAUUAUGGAGGAGCAAAUGCAAGGGGAAGUGAUUUAUUUGAGAAUGAAGACCCUGUUGCCAUAACAAAGAGAUUCCUGAAAGGUUUAAAGGGAGUGGAAAAUGUUUACACCCAACACAAACCACUCUUUCAUUCCAUCCUUGACCAACUCAUUAAAGGAAAAUUAAAAGAAUCUAGUUAUCCAUAUUUAGGUACUGGACAACUCAAAGAUCGACCUCAGGACAUAAUUGUCUUUAUCAUUGGAGGCACCACAUAUGAAGAAGCUCUGUCAGUACACAGUCUCAACCGAUCUAUACCAGGUGUGCGUAUAGUUCUUGGAGGAACGACAGUGCAUAACUAUAAAAGUUUUUUGGAAGAAAUCUCACAAGCUGUUCAAGGCCAGACUCCAACUCGCUACAGCAAUCAUCCGCGAUGGUGA